AUGUUGGCAUCAUCAACUACAAGUCGUCCUAGUGGCCCACUGGCCUCCGAUAGAAUCCGCCAUGUUGGUUCGCAGAGCAAUGGUGUAUACGACCAAACUGGUGAGAUAUCUCAGUCCGACCAACAACAAGCUGAAUCAAAUGCCGUGCCGCCGCCCUUCAAUCAAACGUUUACUUUCCACAUGCAUGGGCAGAAUGACCUUGACCAGGUCGAAAACGCUCAGUCGUACCUUACAGCGCAACUCAUCAUCACCCAACUACUUAACGAGGCCCAUUUCGAUCGAUGUGGUCCCUACGCGGCCGUUAAGUCCGCCACCAUGAGAACAGAGGAAGUCUAG